AUGACUAUGCGUUACGAAGUUUUAAUCCCCGAUAAGUAUUUAGACUAUCCUAUAUACAAACUUAUCGAUUCUUCCGAGCUAGGCACUAAGGCUAAUCCUAUAGAUUGUCUUCGCCUAGAUAAUAAGGCAGUCAAUGAUAGAGCGACUAAGGUGACAGAUCACCCUAUUACUCUCUAUGAUCGAAAUAAAUACAAAGACACUAACCAACCUAUUUCCGGUACGCCGGAUAACUUCUCGAUAACGGAUCAAUUUUAG